CAACAUCACCACCAUUUCCCGCGGGUUCGGUGCAGACCGUUUCCUGAUUGUUUCCAAAUGUUGCAGUCGUACAAUUGAAUGCAAGGUUCUCAGAUGUAUCUGAGGAAAAACAGUUAGAUGCAAAAUGUAGAUAUACAUUGGUCUGAUUAAGAUACGUCAGUUGUGUGGAAUUGAAAAACAUUUAGUGACGUCACGAUCUGGAAUAAUAACAAAACAACAUGGCCACCCAUAGAGGAUCAGGGGGCCAGGGAAGGAAGAAAGUGCAGGUGUCGUUUGUGAUGCGCGAGGAGGUGGAGCGUCACCACAGGUCUGGUGUGAAUGCGUUACAGUUUGAUCCACUGCUCAACAGACUGUACUCUGCAGGGCGAGACUCCAUCAUCCGGAUAUGGAACACAAGAACAAACAAGGACCCCUACAUUCUGUCCAUGGAGCAUCACACUGACUGGGUGAACGACAUCGUCCUCUGCUGUAAUGGCAGAACAUUAAUCUCCGCCUCCAGUGAUACAACUGUCAAAGUAUGGAACGCUCAUAAAGGGUUUUGCAUGUCAACGUUACGGACACAUAAGGAUUAUGUGAAGGCGUUAGCGUAUGCGAGAGACCGAGAGCAGGUGGCAUCUGCUGGACUAGAUCGAGCCAUCUUCCUGUGGGACGUCAACACUCUGACUGCCCUCACUGCAUCUAACAACACUGUCACCACGUCCAGCCUGACCGGGAACAAGGACUCCAUCUACAGCCUGACAAUGAACCCUCCCGGGACUGUCAUCGUGUCAGGCUCCACGGAAAAGGUGCUCCGAGUUUGGGACCCGCGCACAUGUCAGAAACUAAUGAAGUUGAAAGGGCACACGGACAACGUCAAAGCAUUGGUUCUAAACCGUGAUGGAACACAGUGUUUGUCUGGUAGCUCCGAUGGCACUAUCAGGUUGUGGUCACUUGGUCAACAGCGGUGUGUGGCCACGUUCAGGGUACACAACGAGGGAGUGUGGGCAUUACAGGCUAAUGAAUCCUUCUCGAUUGUGUAUUCCGGUGGCAGGGACCGCCAGAUCUGGGCAACAGACAUCAAGAACCCAGACAAUAGAACUCUUAUUUGUGAAGAAAAGUUUCCAGUUUUAAAACUUGAACUCCACACGGAGCAGCCAUCGUUAUGGGUGGCCACUACCGACUCCAGUAUUAGGAACUGGCCAAUCAAAGUCCCCAAUGCCAGAACAUCAGGAGAAUAUGACAAUGAGAGUUACCAUCCUGCUUUUACACAGCCUGAUUUUACCAUCAAAGGAGGUCCAAGUAUUCGUCAGUACUACGUGUUAAACGACAAACGUUUCAUCCUGACAAAAGACACAGAUGAUUGUGUUGCAUUGUGGGAUGUUUUAACGGCAAGGAAAGUUGAAGAUUUAGGUAAGAAAGAUUUUGAAGAGGAGAUCAAGGCCAGAAUGAAGACUGUGUACGUGCCGAACUGGUUCUCCGUGGAUCUAAAGACUGGGCUCCUUACAAUCCACUUGGAGGAAUCGGACUGUUUUGCAGCCUGGAUGUCAAUACGAGAACUCGGUCUUCCAAUGUCCCCUGAUGCCCCGGAGACUAAAAUCAAUAUCGGCAGUGCCCUACUACAGGCGUUGCUGGAACACUGGCCAAAAGCUCAGGCCGAGGACCCUCAAGAUGGCAGCGCUGGCACGGACAAGUCCUCCGCCUCCAACCCCAUGUUCAGUGUGCCUGGACAUACACCUGUGAUAUUUAGUGAGGUUGGAGGUCGCACGUUGUUCCGCCUGCUGUGCCGGGAUGCGGGUGGGGAGACGGAACAGAUGCUGCUGAAUGAGACCGUCCCCGCCUGGGUCGUCGACGUGGUCGUCCAGAAGAACAUGCCAAAGUUCAACAAGAUCCCCUUCUUCCUCCAACCCCACCCCAGCACCGGCAUCAAACCAAUCAAAAAGGACCGACUAUCAGCAAGCGACAUGAUCCAGGUGAGGAAGGUCAUCGAGCAUGUGUAUGAGAAGGUGCUGGGUCAAGGGUCAGAUGCAGGGUCACAGACAGCCAAUAGUAAUGGAGGUCAGGAGAAGGAAGGCGAGAAGGAGGAAGACUUGUCAUCUAUCGCAGAGGAGAAAGUUGAACUUACCUGUAACGAUCAGGUGCUGGACCCGAACAUGGACUUGAGAACGGUGAAGCACUUCAUCUGGAAGCAAACAGGGGACCUAACUCUGCAUUAUCGUCCACUCGCGAAGAAAGACUUCCAGUCCUUCUGCAAAUAUUCCUCUAUGAAUGCUGGCGAGAGUUAGGACAAUUCCACCUGGAAUCUCAAUAUAUCCAAAUGGCAGUCUGAUUCCGGAGUCAGUUUACAGAAUCACGCAGUUGCCCUGGAGAUAGUAUGAAGAGAGAACAUUCUACCCUCCGAACUUGCCUUGUUCCAGGUCACUGCCGAUAGACUGGCUGCUUGUGACAUGCAGUGGUUGGCCAUCCACAUGAGCCAGUUUAUCUCUACACAUGUAGGAAAGCAAGCGGGAACGUCAUGGGGUCGUUAUCAUGACCCUAAUGUUAAAAGUUAAAGAUUUACUACUCAAUUUUUGAUAGGGAUAAUCAGAUAUGUCAUUCUAUUUAAAUAUACACUUGACAUAUUAUGAGAAUCCGUGUUGUGUAUCUUGGAGAUAAAAAUAUCCCUAUCAAAUAUGGAGUAGUAUGCUACACAUUCUGUAGGAGCAAACCCAAGUCCUCCCUUGAACAUGUUCAACACUGAUCAGUCUGGCGCUUUGUUCAUGAGGGGCCAGUCUAGUAUUUGAAAUAUACUACUAUAAAAAGUUAAAGAACACCGAUUCUUCCAUAUUAUUAUGUUACUGUAGUUAAUCUGUCAUGACAUGACAGAAUAACUAUAGUAAUAUGAAAGAAUCGGGUGUUUUUUAACUUCUUUUGAGUAGUAUAUUCACAGUGUAUGAUCAAGGAGCUGUGAGCUUUGUCCCAAGUGAAUUCAUUUUGUAUGUCCUAAACACUGGCAAGGAAAGUUGACCAGUGAUUCACGGGGGACAGAUAGUCUGUCAUGUGGCAAGUAGGAUAGUCUCUCUCUCUCUCUCUCUCUCUCUCUAUAUAUAUAUAUAUAUAUACACAGAUCUGUGUGUGUACAUUACCCGUAGUCGGCUGUGAUGUCUGAUGUUAUCUUCAAUUAUAUGUGACACUGUGUUGAUGUGACACUGUGUUGAUGUGACAACACAGUGCUAUUGGCUGUAUGACAGUGCAUGUAACACACCCUGGUUAGUAUGUUGCCAGGUUACACUGGUCCUGACAGACGGUGACAGGUCGCCGUGCAGCAUUGAACAAUAAACUAACCGCAUAUACUGGGAAAUAUGAACUGAUUCAAGCUAGUCUAAGAUUCGUACUAACUUUAAAAGCUAAACAGUCACAAGCUUGAAUUGAUAAUUAAAGUUUCUCCCCUGUCUCAAACAUCAGCUAUAUUUUUUUCUAAGCCAUUCAUUGCUCUAUAAUUCUUUUUGUUAAUUAUUCGCCUCUCUGGUCAAGUGGAUACUGUCUGACUGGAAAGCAAAAUCCCCUGGUUGUGUCAUGGCAAAAAAUGUUCAGAGAUAGUACUUGGACCGGUCAGCUCGGAGUCAGUGUUCUGUGUCUGAGGAGAUCCAAGUCAAACAGUGGCAUUGUAACUCAGUGGGCUAGCACUAUAAAACCGGCAUGAAUCCAGACUAGUACAAACGGACACACACACAAGCGUGCAGGUAUGUCAUAACUUUUUUGUUGUAAGUGAAAUAAUCUUGGACGCAACGAGAAACCACAUUGCACCUUAUUUUUCUGUUGACGGUUAGGGGGCAGAGGUGGGUUUGAGGUCCAAGUCCAAUUCUAGAUUCACCCAAUUCCAAGGUCCGUCAGCGCCAUUCCUACUCUAGAGUUUCACCAGUCAUGUUGGGCCUUCCUUUCACAUUUAGCAAUAAAACUAACCACUGUUCAAAACAGCAUUAAACCACUCACCCACUCACUGGUAACGUUCAGGCUUCACUCAAACUGACAGUUUCCCGCACUACACUUUUGACAUUUUUUGCAAGAAAAGUAGAGGUAUGACAAGAGACCAUUUUUACUAACCUGAAAUGUCAAAUUAACAGAAAUGUGACCAAAACUUGAAACAUUCAUACAUUAUUUUGAGAAGGGGUACAGGUACCUUGCUGAUUGCUUGGCUUGACAAUCCCUGGUUACCCAACAUAGUGAAGACAGGCUAAGACGACCUUCAUGUACAUCACUGUCCUAACACAGAUCAUUUAUAAACCUCAACAGGGUUUCAUAGAUUCAAGACAGGAUUUAUGUUAUGAGUGAGUGAGUGAGUUGGGUUUUAAGCCGCUUUUAACAGUAUUCCAGUUAUAUCGGGGCGUGUCAGCUUAAUGUGGGAGGAAAGCCCUAAGUGAUGCAGGUCUCAGACGUUUACCACUUCGGUGAAACCAACGAGCAUGGUACGGUGCUCACAAACCUUGAAACAUAAUCGGGGCAAACCGGGAUUCGAACCCAUAUUUAUGUUUAUGAAGAAAGAAAAGAAAGGUGACAUGAGAGAUUCACUAUGAAAAAACAUAAGGUGUUCUUUAGCUUCUUUAGAGUAGUACAUGCACCCUGACCAUUUGCUGCAGCCAGCCAGACUGUAUGCUGCAGCCAGCCAGACCAUAUGCUGCAGCCAGCCAGACUGUAUGCUGCAGCCAGCCAGACCAUAUGCUGCAGCCAGCCAGACCAUAUGCUGCAGCCAGCCAGACCGUAUGCUGCAGCCAGCCAGACCGUAUGCUGCAGCCAGCCAGACCGUAUGCUGCAGCAAGCCAGACCAUAUGCUGCAGCCAGCCAGACCAUAUGCUGCAGCAAGCCAGACUGUAUGCUGCAGCAAGCCAGACCAUAUGCUGCAGCCAGCCAGGUUGAAGGUGGGAACAGGUCGAAAUACAGGAGAGGAGUGUUCCGUUGUGGACAAGAAAGUUCGAUACCUUAGAAAUCUGUGUUCGAUCUCAUAAUGAUAUACAUUCAUAAAUUUAUGAUUAUAUGGCGUAGAUAAUGGUAUUUUAUUUUCUAUUUUCAAUAAUAUAGAAAUCUAUAUUCAGACCAUUAUCUCUAUUUACAGCUGGUGGAGAUCGAAUUUGCACAUUGGACUAGUGUUUAGAUGUUGAGUCAUGUCUUUGGAUUGAGAAUUGGGCUAGACUGUUGAUUCAGUGGAUGAGUGCCAUGCUGGAACACCAGCAUGCACACAGCGACAUAAUCCAGGUCAUAAUAUUUAUCCUGAUGUUAUUUGUCAUCAAAUACCUCGCCCCUUAUGAUUCUUGCCACUUGUUUCUGUGUUGGGUCCUUUGUCGGGUCAAGACCCUGUGUAGUCGGUCGGGUAGCCUAGUGGUUAAAGCGUUCGCUCGUCACGCCGAAGACCCAGUUUCGAUUCCCGACAUGGUUACAUUGUGUGAAGCCCAUUUCUGGUCCCCCCCCCCACCCCCCGCCGUGAUAUUGCUGGAAUAUUGCUAAAAGCGGCGUAAAAACAUACCCACUCACUCACUCAGGACCCUGUGGUUGUAGGGUUAAUCCCGGAUCCACCCUGAUAACUGUCACUUGAGAUUUCUCUCCAAAUUAACCUGACACACUCUGACAAGUCUGAAAGUUCCAUUUAACUCAGGUGGGUAAACCUGAGCUGGUUCCACAGACUAGGGUAUAGGUCUGGUAGUCUUGGUUCAUGAGUUUUGAGUCCAACCCUGUUUUAGGUUUGUCGGCACCAUACUUGUGCUCGUGGGUUUCACCAAAGUGGUACCAAUGUAAGGCCAGCAUCACUUCAGACUCCUACAUUAAGCUGACACAUCGUGAUGUAACUGACUUUACUGUUUAAUGGCACUGAACUCAAGUCUUUGGCUUGGCUCUGUGCUCAUGCUGAAGUGGCAGGCAACCAAGGUGAAGGGCUUAUGUUUAUUUCGAUGGUUUAUAAGACCAACCGACAUUAACCAACUGAAAUUAGAAACAAAAUAAAAAUGACUCUUUAUUUUUUUAUAUUUUGUCCAGUUCUGUUUUAUGAUUAGGUGAAAAGGAAACAAAAUCACAAGUUCACCUCUGUUCAUAAGAAAUGGAGAAUAAUACGUAUAAAAAUAAUCUUUUUCUGACCAAAAAACAAUUAUCUUUCAGUAUCUUGCCAUGUGUUAUGGUUGUUAUUCAUUAGUAGCAAUACUAGCCUGGGCCCCGUUCUCAAAGCGAUCUUAGCUCUACGAUGAUCGUACGCCUAUGUUAAAAUAUGGGACUUACGAUCACUUUAGCGCUAAGAUCGCUUUGAGGAACGGGACCCUGGAAGGUGCUUAUUAUUUUUGAAGUAUAUUUGUUCAAGCACCUACAUUCAGUUUUAGGCCAGGUUGGUGUUGUAAACCAACUAAUGUAAAAUCCUACAAAUGUCCGAAUCUCCAGCAAGGCCUGUAUUUGUGUUUUCUGCUGUCUGACCAUUUGGCAUGUGAGGAACACAUUUGUUGGAAGUCUUUGUUGCCAUGCUCGUCGUCAAGUGACUAUGCUACUGUUGUCAUCAACAUUUGUUUGAUUUGCAACAAUUGUAACUGUUGAGGUGUCAAUACAGUUUGUUUUGAACUGCUACUGCCUAUGCUAUUGUGUGGUUUGCCUGUUUGAAUGUGAAAACUAUGCUCUGCUUUGUGAGUGGCAGUUUUUUGUGGGUGUCAGAGCCUCACAACACAAUUUAUGUGAUAUUUGAGUUUUAGUAAUAUUUUGUAAUGUGAAACUGUCAGGUAAGGUCAAGAGCUGGACCUGAAAAUCUAGAAAAUGAAGAUAUGAUGGAAGAAUGUUGCCCCAAUUUUCAUGACCCACGUAGGGGCAGUCGGGUAGCCUUGUGGUUAAAGCGUUCGCUUGUCACGCCAAACACCCGGGUUCGAUUCCCGACAUGGGUACAAUGUGUGAAGCCCAUUUCUGGUGUACUCCGCCGUGAUAUUGCUGGA